AUGAAUUUGUACACCUUAGUUGAUUCAGCUUGGCUUGAAACAGCUCUAGCACAGAUUCAAAGGCGCACACCGUUAGCCAUUGUUCUCACAAAUGUUCCAUUAGUCAACAACACUAUUCGUUCAUCAAUUAACAAGAUAACAUUUUACAAAGCUCUCUUAUGUAAUAGACUAAUUACUAUUGAAGAGUACUUACAUCAUACAUACAAACUUCAAGAGUUUACUACUUUCUACAUUAAAUAUAAUAAUCGACUCUACGAGUGUUCAUCCAUUUUGAAACACAGAGAUGACACUCUCCUUACCGAUUAUUUGAUAUUACAAAGUUCAAACGACUCUCGUAUACAGGAAGAACCCUCAUCAGCCAGCACUCCUCUACAACGCCAGCUUUCAUCAGCCAGCACUACCAACUCUGUUCCACAGCAACAGCUCUCAACAGCCAACGCUCCUCUACAAAGCCCACUUUCUGCCAACACCCCGCCACAACGCCAGCUCUCUGCCAACGCUCCUCUUCAACGCCAGCUUUCAUUAGCCAGCAGUACCAACACUCCCCCACAGCCACAACUCUCUGCCAGCACUCCCCCACAACGCCAGCUCUCUGCCAACUCUCUUCCACAGCAACAACUCUCUUCCACAGCAACAACUCUCUGCCAACACCCAGACACAACUCCAGCUCUCGGCCAACUCUCUUCCACAGCAACAACUCUCUGCCAACACCUCGGCGCAGCAACAACUCUCUGCCAAGACCCAGACACAACUCCAGCUCUCGGCCAACUCUCUUCCACAGCAACAACUCUCUUCCACAGCAACAACUCUCUGCCAACACCCAGACACAACUCCAGCUCUCGGCCAACUCUCUUCCACAGCAACAACUCUCUGCCAACACCUCGGCGCAGCAACAACUCUCUGCCAAGACCCAGACACAACUCCAGCUCUCGGCCAACUCUCUUCCACAGCAACAACUCUCUUCCACAGCAACAACUCUCUGCCAACACCCAGACACAACUCCAGCUCUCGGCCAACUCUCUUCCACAGCAACAACUCUCUGCCAACACCUCGGCGCAGCAACAACUCUCUGCCAAGACCCAGACACAACUCCAGCUCUCGGCCAACUCUCUUCCACAGCAACAACUCUCUGCCAAGACCCAGACACAACUCCAGCUCUCGGCCAACUCUCUUCCACAGCAACAACUCUCUGCCAAGACCCAGACACAACUCCAGCUCUCUGCCAACACCUCGGCACAGCAACAACUCUCUGCCAACACCCAGACACAACGCCAGCUCUCUGCCAACACCUCGGCACAGCAACAACUCUCUGCCAACACUCCCCCACAGCAACAGCUCUCUGCCAAUACUCAGCCUCAGCCUCACCCAUCUGUGUCUAUUCCCCUUAA